AUGAUCUUCUCAGCCAUCCUCACUAUUCGCUGCAGGGACUUGCGGAUGUGUUCAUUCAUCCACAUAGCAUUUGUGAGGUCCGAUGACGGAAUAAGAUUCUCUCAGCUACCAGACAAAAUGAGCAAGUUUAAGAAAUUGUACUUAGUUUUGUCAAUACUGGGCUUUGUUUCUUUGAUGAUUUUUACAUACAAACAAAAAGAAAACGGAACUGCAGAAAAAACUGAUGCAAAAACUAAGACAGAAACUGAAACCAGAGCGAGGCUGGACAAAUUCAAGGACAGGAGAUGUGAGGGAAAGAUCUGCACGAGCCCGGUGUCACUGGACCUGAAGCACAGACAGUACUACAGAAAGGUACUGCUUUAUAAACAGUGCAAAUCUAACAGUAACUUGGACAUCACUGGCAAACGGAAGUCAUUUGAUAACAUCCAAAAUGAGGAGUUGCACAACCUACUUGUAGAUGACCGGCAUGGAAUAAUUUAUUGCUACGUUCCAAAGGUUGCCUGCACCGCAUGGAAACGGAUCAUGAUUGUUCUGAGCGAGAGUCUGAAAAUGUACGGUGUACCUUACAAGAACCCUCAAGACAUCCCCAUCAAGGAAGUUCACGGAUCAUCUCUAAAGCACCUUAACACAUACCCCAAAGCAGCGAUGAAACAAAAACUUCAGACCUACAAAAAGUUUAUAUUUGUUCGAGAUCCUUUUGUCCGACUGAUUUCAGCAUACAAAGAUAAGCUUCAAAGCCCAAAUCAGAUAUAUUAUGAAAGAAUCGGGAUACAAAUAUUAAAGCAGUUUGGAAAUGUCUCUAAUCCACCAGCAUCUGUAAAGCAAGCAAACGCUCAGGGCAUUGUUCCUUCUUUCAGCGACUUUAUUCAAUAUAUUCUGAGCCUCCCAGCAAGAGAUUACGCAAAGUUUGAUGAACACUGGAAGCAAACAGUUCACAUGUGCCAUCCCUGCAUUAUCAAUUACGACUUUAUUGGGAAGAUGGAAACCAUAGAGGAAGACGCUGCUCAGCUGCUGCGAUUACUUAAAGUCGAUAACAUUGUUAACUUUCAACCGUACGAAAAAAGGAAAGCCAACGCUGAUGAAAUGAAGACCUGGUAUUCCAACAUUCCCACAGAGUGGAGGAGGAAACUCUAUGAUAUUUAUAGGUCAGAUUUUGAAUUGUUUGGGUAUGAAUAUCUUUACACUCUAGACGAUCUUUAUCUGGAAAACAUUAUCUGA